UGUCAUAGGCUGAUCAGUCUGCGCAGUGCGAAAUCUAACACAACUAGCCUGUCAAUCACAAUGUGUUCUUGAAAGCUGGUGAAGUUCAGACUCUUUUGAUUUUCAUAUCAGGACUUUAAUCUGCGCCGCAAAGGUGUCCAGGAUCAUUUUGCAUCAAGUUCUAUAGUCAAAAUGUCCGCUGAUAUGUUAAUGAUGAGGGGAAUCAAUCAGAUUAGAAAAUUGACACUUGGAGGAUGUCAAAGAGGAGUCGCUUUUAACACAUCUCACCUGACAGAACAUGACUGUGACAGAUGUCAUCAACAAAAUGCCUCCAGAUUUAUUGGCAUCAUGGAGUCUUGCUGUCACAAUGGAAGAGCGCCAGGCACUGUUGACAUCCUGAAGGACAAUGGAGAAGUCAACAUUUAUAGUCCUAGAUGUUUAUGGAGAUCUAGACACGGGCUAUUCAGAGAGCACCGUCCAGGACAACAGAUCUGUUUAUUUCAUCAAGACCACCGUUAUUAUAAUGAUCUGAAAAGAGAAGGUGUUGAGACAGCCAACGACACCAAACAGCCUGACACCAAGAAACAUAAGCAAACGUUAAGUGAGAGUGCCAGAGAGCGCAAGGUGCCGGUAACAAGACUGGGAAGGUUAGCGAACUUCGGAGGCUUGGCCGUUGGUCUGGGGAUUGGAGCCAUUGCUGAAGUAGCGAAGAAGAGUCUUAAAUACGAUGAUCAAACAGGACAGAAAAAAGCAAUUUUAGAUUCAAACCCGUUCAUAUCAGAAGCCAAUGCUGAGCGAAUCGUUCGGACUCUCUGUAAAGUACGAGGGGCGGCUCUGAAGCUCGGUCAAAUGCUCAGCAUCCAGGAUGACGCGUUCAUCAACCCUCAGCUUGCAAAAAUCUUUGACCGGGUUCGACAGAGCGCCGACUUCAUGCCCACCAAGCAAAUGAUGAAAACCGUAGUCACUGAUCUGGGGCCAAACUGGCAGGAUAAACUGGAAUACUUUGAGGAACGUCCAUUUGCGGCGGCUUCCAUAGGUCAGGUGCACCUGGCUCGGAUGAAGGACGGCAGAGAGGUGGCCAUGAAGAUUCAGUAUCCAGGAGUGGCCAAGAGUAUAAACAGCGAUGUAAACAACUUAAUGACAGUUCUUAGUUUAAGCAAUGCUUUACCUGAAGGUUUGUUUCCUGAACAUCUGAUCGAGGUUAUGAGCAGGGAAUUGGCUUUGGAAUGUGAUUAUGUACGAGAAGCCAAAUGUGCAAAGAAAUUCCAGGAGUUACUGAAGGGUCACCCGUAUUUCUAUGUGCCAAAUGUUGUGGAUGAGUUAAGUGGGCAACACGUCCUCACCACAGAGCUCGUGUCGGGUUUCCCUUUGGAUAAAGCCAAUGACCUGACUCGGGAACUGAAGAAUGAGAUCUGUGAGCAGAUAUUAAUCUUGUGCUUGCGUGAGCUCUUUGAGUUUCGAUACAUGCAGACGGAUCCAAACUGGUCCAAUUUCUUCUUUGACCCACAGACACACAAGGUUGCGCUGUUAGAUUUUGGAGCCACCAGAGGGUUUGAUGCAAGUUUCACAGAUGCCUAUAUUGAGAUUAUCAAGGCCGCUGCAGAUCGAAAUAGAGAGGGAGUUUUACGACGAUCAGUUGAGAUGAACUUUUUGACUGGAUAUGAGUCAAAGGCGAUGGAGAACGCCCAUGUGGAUGCGGUGAUGAUCCUCGGGGAGGCGUUCGCGUCAGAUGAGCCCUUCGACUUCGGUGCUCAAAGCACAACGGAGCGGAUCCACAGUUUGAUACCCGUGAUGUUGAAAGAGCGUCUGACUCCUCCGCCAGAGGAAACUUACUCACUGCACCGCAAGAUGGGCGGCUCGUUCCUCAUCUGCUCCCGACUGAAGGCCAAAAUAAGCUGUAAGAACAUGUUUCAGGAGGCGUACGCUAAAUACUGGAAAGAUCGACAUUAAGAAACUACUAAAUAAACCUCACAAACAUCUA